AUGCUAUGCGCGGUGUAACUUUUAACCUCUGGAUCAAAACAAGCCGAUCAGCUGAUGAAACUGGGAACAACAUCGAAUGAAAUCUAGCUGUCAGGCAGCGAAAUUAUCUUAACAAAUGUAUACAUAAUAACGGUGUCUUUGUGCUGAAUUAAGUUGCACUGGAUGCCAUGUUUUCUAUUAAAAUAUUAUAGCGUUUUUCCUCUGUAGAAGCAACGGUUUAGGUUACGGGAACAGCCGUCGCCCAUUUUUUUGUUUUUCGACGAAGGAUUUUGUUGAUGGUUUUAGUGGUUGAGAAAUUUGGUCGUUUGAGUUGAUGUGGAGUAACUGAAAAAUACGCGAGUGUCAUCUUUUGUGGAUUUGCGGAUUUGUUGAUGUUUUUACACUGUCACCGUUGCCUAUUUAUGCUGUCAAAUUGGCUUAGCCAACAACAACAACAACAGCAGCUAACCGUACAGUAGGCUAAUUAGCAGUAGCAAGAUAAUUACAAUGUUAUUGCUGAUUGACAGCUAACGAUUACUUGCAUGUGGGGCUUGUAGGAUAGCUGCAUGUCUGGACAUGUAUGUAGGAAGUCGUUGUUGUGAUUGUUUUGCUGACAGACAGGCACUUUGGUGACAUAUGGCUUUGUCAAAGUGACCUCUCACAGUUCAUAUUAAAUGUCCAUCUGCUAAGUGUUUUGGGGAGUAUAGAAGAGACACCUCUACCAGAAAAAACAACCACAUAAUACGCUAGAGAAUAAUACAUUUAAAUCUUUAACACUGUAGCAUAUAGUAAUAAACAUAUUUCCAAGCAGUUUGGUUUCGCAGUGCAGUUGUAGACUCAUUGGGUACAGGUUAUCGACAGAAAGGUGCACUUGUUAGCAGUAGCAUACUGAAGCGAUCAUUAUGAGUGGUCAAGGUCCGUCGGUAGAUAAAGGGAUGAACACCAUCCUGGUGUGUCAGGAGAGCUACGCCUGCGGUGGCUCAGACGAGGCCGCCUUUGAAUGCGACGAGUGCGGCAGCCUGCAGUGCGUCCGCUGCGAGCUAGAGCUCCAUCGUCAGGAACGCAUGAGGAACCAUGACCGUGUCCGCAUCGCACCGGGACACGUUCCAUUUUGUGACUCUUGUAAGGGCGACAGCAGCGGGUGUGGGGUGAACGGAGGCAGGCUGAGGGCGGUGGUGCGCUGCCAGGGCUGUAAAAUCAACCUGUGUCUGGAUUGCCAGAAGCGGACCCAUAGCGGGGUAAACAAGAGGAAGCACCCUGUGACCCCCUACCCUCCUCCCGGUCAAGUCCAGGAUAGUAGCCUGGAGGCUGGGGAUGGAGGGGAGAUGGAGGCCCUCAAGGCAAAACUAGAGAAGGUUUGCAGCUUCUUACUGGUGGAUGCGAAGGAGGAGAUGCAGUUGAAGGAUGAGGAAGACUUUGUGAGCCGGCUGGACUGUAGACCUGAGGAACUCCUCAAGGUCGUGUCUAUCUUCGGGAACACAGGGGAGGGGAAGUCCCACACACUGAACCAUACCUUCUUCCUGGGGCGGGAGGUGUUCCAGACGUCCCCCACUCAGGAGUCAUGCACCGUGGGGGUCUGGGCUGCCAUGGACCCCAUCCACAGAGUGGUGGUGAUCGACACAGAGGGACUGCUGGGGGCAGGAUCCAAUCAGGGCCAGCGCACCCGGCUGCUCCUCAAAGUCCUAGCCGUCUCCGACCUCAUCAUCUACCGUACCCACGCCGACCGUCUCCACGACGACCUGUUCAAGUUCCUAGGCGACGCGUCGGACGCCUAUCUGAAGCACUUCACCAGGGAGCUGAAGGCCACUACGGCCCGGUGUGGUCUGGACGUCCCUCUGUCCACUCUGGGACCAGCUGUUAUUAUCUUCCAUGAGACCGUCCACACCAAGCUACUGGGCUCAGACAACCCAUCAGAGUCUGCAGAGCGUCUGCUUCAGGAGCGUUUCAGAAAGCUGGGUCUUUUCCCCGAGGCCUUCAGCUCCAUCCAGUACCGCGGGACUCGAACCUACAACCCCCCGACAGACUUCAGCGGUCUCCUGCGUAGUCUGGAGCAACAGUUAGAUAACAACACUACCCGCUCACCACGUUCUGCAAACGUCAUAUACAGAGCCCUGCAGGCCCUGAGUGAGCGUUUCAGUGGGGAUAUCCCAGAAGAGCACCUGGCCAGUAACUCUUUCUUCCCUGAUGAAUACUUCACCUGCUCCAGUAUCUGUCUCAGCUGUGGGUCUGGCUGUGUGAACAGUAUGAACCAUCUGAAAGAGGAAGUGGAUCACGAGGCUAAACACCGCUGUCGCUACACUGCUCAAUACGACAACCGCAUCUACACCUGUAAAGCGUGCUAUGAGGGAGGGAAGGAGGUGAUUGUGAUUCCCAAGACGACAGCCUCCUCUGACUCUCCCUGGUUUGGUCUGGCCACGUACGCCUGGUCUGGGUAUGUGAUAGAGUGUCCAAACUGUGGAGUGAUCUACAGAAGUAGGCAGUACUGGUACGGGAACCAGGACCCAGUGGACACAGUGGUCAGGACUGAAAUACAACACAUCUGGCCUGGGUCAGAUGGUUUUCUGAAGGACAACAACAAUGCAGCUCAGCGACUGUUGGACGGUGUGAACUACAUCUCCCAGAGUGUGUCAGAGCUCAGUGUGAAACCUGCCAAAGCUGUCACUUCCUGGCUGACCGACCAGAUUGCCCCAGCCUACUGGAAACCCAACUUCCUCAUCCUGAAAUGUUCUAAGUGCAGUGAGGUGUUCCAGGACAACGAUACUAAGCACCACUGCCGUGCCUGUGGAGAGGGCUUCUGUGACGGCUGCUCCACCAAGAACCGUCCUGUUCCUGAGAGGGGCUGGGGGCUCGUCCCCGUACGGGUCUGUGAUGCCUGCUUCCUGAACCGGAGCGUCUCAGAAGAGCUGCUGGAUGCCGCGUUGGAGGAGGAGGAAGGAGGGACACUCAGUAGGAGAGUAGGAGAGGCUGUUCAGAAUACACUGGGAGCUGUGGUCACUGCUACAUACAUCCCUCUGGGUCUGAUGAAGGAUGCAGCUCGUCCAGCCUACUGGGUUCCAGACCAAGAUAUCCGAUGCUGCUGUGAGUGUCAGAGAGACUUCUCCGCGCCGCGUCUCUCCAUCCACCACUGCAGGGCCUGCGGCCAGGGCGUGUGUGACGACUGCUCCCCUGAACGCAGAGCGGUGCCCUCUAGGGGUUGGGACCACCCAGUGCGUGUCUGCAACACAUGUCACCAGAAACCUGGGGACCUCUAGUAGGAGAUAGGGAACUAGGAGAUAGGGAACAUAUUGGUACCCUAUUCAAAAGUAGGGCACUAUAUAUGGACUGGGACGCAACCAGAGAGACAGUUAAGGGUUGUGUUCAUUAGGCUCGAAAUGGAAAAAAAUACUCCACAACAGGGAGGGACUAUCUGUACUUGUCCAAUAAGAAAGCUGAUUUUUGUUUCCCCCCCCUGCUUCUAAACUUUUUUUUUUUGCUACUACGGUGUGCCCUAAUGAACACGACCCAGGUUCCACCUAACGCUGUGGAACUCCCCCGUCUCUCUGUGGCUCGGGCCAGGGAGUUCUUCUUAUUCAUUGUGAUGUCAUCCGUCCUAAAGCCUUGGGCGUCACUUUAUCCGAGAGGGAGAGAGUUACGCGUUCCUUGGCUUUAAAGAAGUUCAUUCCACGUUUUAAGAUGAUUAGCCUGAAUAACUACCAAUCUGUAUAAUAAUCUCGGACGCUGGGUGGUUGUAUAUGUGCUUUUAAAACGGCGCAGACAGACAAUAGAAUAGCAUUAAUUCCAUAUACACUACCAGUCAAAAGUUUGGACACACCUACUCAUUCAAGGGUUUUUCUUUAUUUUCUACAUUGUAGAAUAAUAGUGAAGACAUCAAAACUAUGAAAUAACACAUAUGGAAUCAUGUAGUAACCAAAAAAAGGUGUUCAACAAAUCAAGCAUUCCAGGUGAAGCUGGUUGAGAGAAUGCCAAGAGUGUGCAAAGCUGUCAAGGCAAAGGGUGGCUACUUUGAAGAAUCUCAAAUACAUUUUGAUUUGUUUAACACUUUUUUGACUGUAAUAAUAUGAGAAGUUUACUAUAGUGGGGGAAAAGUUAUUUGUUUUUAUACGAUGUUAUCUCAAGCCCCAUUUCUACCUGGUGCUAACAUGGGUCCUGAUCUUGACUACAUUCUGAAUUUGCCCACAUUUCCAAAAAUGUGUCUGUUAUCCAUCCACUGUGUCUGCGUUGUGACCAGAUUUCCUCGUCCCCUUCCUUUAUCAAAAAUUAUUUCACAGCUAUUCUUUUUACAAUAUAUAAAUAAUAUUUUUUGAGACAUAUUGAUGUAAUCAGUCAAUUGUGCCACCCGUUGAUGAUUUAAAUGGUGCCUCUGUCCAGAUCUGUCUACACUUGUAAGAUAUCCAGACAAUGUGUCUGACUACCUCCAGAGGUGAGCAGGAGGAUCGGAUCACAGUCUUUUACUCUUCUACACCCGUCUAAAAAUGUGGUCACAAUCAGAAUGUAGACAAGAUCAGGACAAAGGACGCAAGCUAAAACCAGGUAUAAACGGGGCUACUGAGUGACAGACUGACUGUAGAAUAGAUUGCUGAGUUGGAAUGAUUAGAAUGUGAACCAUUCUACAAUAGGAGUUGCCUUCAAAUAGUGAAUGGCUCACAGUGUGUAGAAUAGCUAGUAUGAAAGGAUAUCAACACUCUUUGGGGCUGGACCCUGAAACAUUCAGUUCAUAGUAUAUAAACCAUUACACCACCUGAGACUGUGGUAAAUAAUAUUAGCUGAAAUGAUCUAGCCUGGUCUCAGAUCUGUUUGUGCUGUUUUGACGACUCUUAUGUGGACAAUAGGAGUUGGCAAAACACACAUUUUAGGUCCCAGGCUAAAAAGUAUGGGGUAGGUGCAGAGUAACUGACUGGAAUCACUGGAACAGGCCUCAUAUCAUAUAGAACACUGCUUAAGAUAGACUGAAGAUCAGUACCAUUUGUCUGUUUUAAUGUACCAUGUGUACGUACGUAAUAAACUUGACAACCUCAGGGUGUGGUUCUAGAACAAGC